CCGGCUUCGGUCUACAGUAAGCUAGAACAGCCGGAAGGGAGCCCCCUGGAGCGGCGGGAAGCAACCGGCGUGCGGGACCUCGAAGAGCGAGGCAGUCCGGGCGCGGAAGGAGAAAUUCGAAUCUAACCGUAGCGAUUAGCACGCCGGGGGGUCCCUUGCAAGAGAUCAGCCUGAGCAGCUCCGGGCGUGGAAGGCAAGGCGGACGGUGCGGCUACCUCUCCAGGACUGGGAGGCUGUUAACCAGGCUGAAAUCCACGCGCAGAACUUGCUGAGCAUUCAUUGGCUGCGAAGGGCGGCCUCGCUCUGCCGGGGAUCUCGCUCUCGCCCUAACUCAGUUGAUUAACUGACUGGAUCGCUUCAGGAUCCCUCCGUCUUUCAGCACUAAACCAUCCCUCUUGAGAACUGGAGAAAAGUCCCGGAGCUUUCAAGACCAGCACUAGGUGUCCAUGGAUGUGAGCCAUAUAGAAGAAAUUCUUCUCCUAUAUGCCCAACAGACAGACCUCCGAAAUUGAGACCUGCUGCAUCUAAUGCCCAGAAUGGUUCCUCCCCCUCCUAUUAACAAGUCCCAUGUCUGCCUAUCCACUACACUCAUCAUGAGCAGCAUGGUGCUGAUGGAUGCUUAUCUGGUGGAACAGAACCAGGGUUCUAGGAAAUUGGCUAUUUGCAUCAUGGUCUCAGUUGGAGACAUCUGCUUCCUGGUGGUGCUCAGGUAUGUUGCUGUUUGGGUUGGGGCUGAAGUGAGGACUGCUAAGCGAGGCUAUGCCAUGAUCCUUUGGUUCCUGUAUGUCUUUGUGCUGGAAAUCAAAGUCUACUUCAUUUAUCAGAACUAUAAGGCUGACAGGAAAAGUUUGGACCUCAUGGCCCGCAAAGCAUUGACCCUUCUACUGUCAAUCUGCAUCCCAGCCCUCUAUGUGCUUUUGGUGGCUACAGAGCAUAUGGAGUAUGUCAGGACGUUCAAGAAAAAGGAAGAUCUUCGCAAUCGUCUCUUCUGGGUCAUUGUCGACAUGCUGGAUGUGCUGGACAUUCAGGCCAAUCUCUGGGAGCCUCAGAAGAAAGGGUUACCCAUCUGGGCUGAAGGCCUGAUGUUCUUCUACUGCUACAUCCUCCUCUUGAUUCUGCCUUGUGUGUCGCUGUGUGAAAUUAGUAUGCAAGGAAUCAGCAUUGUGCCCCACCGCAUGAUGCUGUACCCAAUUCUGAGCAUGCUUACAAUCAAUAUCACCACCAUCUUCAUCAGAGGAAGCAAUAUGUUAUUCUUCCGGGACAUUCGUGUCUCUGGGAUCUUCAUGGGGAAGAAUGUGCUGGCCAUUGUUCUUAAGGUCUGCAUGUUUGUGCAGUAUAAGAAACAUUUGUAUCACACAGCAGCAGGGCAUGGCACAGGUAACCCACAGCAUAAUCUUUCUUCCCAACCACAGCCUGUCAUGCAUCUACUAAAACCCCAGAAUCAGAUCCCCUGCCCUGAGGAAUUGGCCCAGGAAAAUACAUGACAUGCUGCGCACCCACAUGCCUUGUGGCAAGGAACAUCUAAUGUCUAUGAUCAUUAAGAUCAAAAGCAAAGAGGAACCAAAUGUAUCAGGCCCCACCAAGCCAGUGCUGGUCCAUCUUGAAAGUUUAUCAGUGAGUGCUCCCUCCCCUUCCUUUCUUACACAGAUGUACUGCUAACAGUGACCUCUUUUGAAAUAAGGUCAUUUCAGGAAUGAUCCAGAACAAAACCCAGCCCUACUGCCAAGGAGCAAGCCAGCAAGCCGUAGAAACUGAUGGGCAGAUCUCUGGGAAAGUAUGAGCCACUGAAUCAAUAAUCUGCCAGUGGACAGCAGUCAGCAGCAAGUGAUUAAUUCCCUCCUGUGCCUUUCCUGUAGCCAAUCAUUCUGUAAUGAAAGCUGUUUGGGCAUAUGGCCAACUCUGUUGCAUAGAAUACAUCUGUGAAUAUGAGGAAAGCAUCUUUUCACCUAUCGGGGACAUCCAUUCAGAAUGUGACCUUCCUUUCUGGGAUGGUUGAAAGACUCUACAUCUGUGUCUGCCUGCCUAUUUAAUUUUCUGGGGAUGGGAUGCCCAGAUUUGUAGUGGUUCCAGGACCAUGUUCUCUUUCCUGUGGAAACAUGCUGGCUUGUGAUCCUUUUCCCAUGCUUCUUUUUCAUGGAUAUUUUUUCUCUCUCAAUAAAAUGAAGACCAAGCUU